AUGAGGCAAAUAUUAGCUUCUAUUUACAUCCUGUCUGGGUUUGCUUAUGCUUCAUUUCUUCGCGGCAACGCAGUGGAGGUCGAUUUUCUCGACCCGUUGGGAAAGAGUGCACUCGCUUCUCCAAGGCCGGGCCAUUACAACGGAUGGGGGACAUUCGACCAAUUAAUCGACCACUCAAACCCGGGCCUGGGCACGUUCAAACAGAGAUAUUGGUACGGGACCCAGUAUUGGAAGGGCCCCGGGUCCCCCGUCGUCCUCGUCAAUUCCGGAGAAAGGAGCGCCGAGGGGACGGACCGGGUGUACCUCAGCGAUGCCCUGCUGCCGGGCCUGUUCGCCAAAGAGAUCGGUGCGGCGGUCAUCCUCAUGGAGCAUCGAUACUGGGGACGAUCCUCGCCGUUCAACACAUUGACGUCCGAGAAUUUGAAGUACCUCACCCUCGACAACAGCCUGAGAGACAUCACCAACUUCGCCCAAACAUGGGUGCCCGACUUCGAUCCGAGCGGGACGAGCUCGCCUCAGCGUGCGCCUUGGAUAUACACCGGGGGCUCCUACGCUGGGGCGCUGGCCAGUUGGCUCGCGUCGCUGUAUCCCGGAAUCUUCUGGGCUUAUCACGGCAGCAGCAGCGUUGUGCAGAAUAUCGACAAUUUCUGGCAGUAUCAUCGCCCAAUCCAGGAGGCGACACCGCAAAACUGCAGCAGGGACCUCAACGAGGUGAUCGACUACAUCGACAAUACACUCUUGAACGGAUCAGAGGAUGAGAAGUUGUUCUUAAAGGCCAGAUUCAAGUUGGAGGAACUCCAGGAUGCCGACUUUGCAGCUGCGAUCGCAAGCGGCCCGUGGCUGUGGCAGAGAACACAUUUCUCCGACCAAAGAAAUAAGGGCUUUAACAAAUAUCACAAGUUCUGUGAUUACAUUGAGAAUUCUGCGUCAUGGCUUACCUGGACAGUCCCAGGACCCUCGGGGGUUGGACUGAAGAAGGCGCUUGAGGGCUAUGCUCGGUGGUUCACACAGAUAUAUCUUCCCAGCUAUUGUGAGAGGGAGGCUGGUUACGGAGGCUGGAAGGGAAGGUUCAACACCGGCUGCUUUGACAGCCUCAAUGCUUCCAACCCUGCUUACCACGAUCUCAAGGUCAAUAACUGGGCCAAUCGUCAAUGGAACUGGAUGCUUUGCAAUGAGCCAUUUAAAUGGUGGCAGAACGGCGCACCAGAGGGCACGCGCACCAUCGUUUCGAGACUGCUGGACAAUGAGUACUGGGAGUCGCUGUGUCCCCUCUAUUUCCCUGAAGGGGGUUACGGGAUCCAGAGAAACAUGACGGUAGAGAGGAUCAAUCAGUGGACGGGCGGCUGGGCCGUCCACCCCAUCAAGCGCCUGCUCGAGUCCAACGGCCAGUUUGACCCGUGGCGUGAUGCUACCGUGAGCGCUGUCGACCGGCCUGGAGGUCCCAUGGCAAGCACUCCAGACCACCCGGUCAUCUUGAUAGCCGGCGGCGUCCACUGCUCGGAUUACUACAAGAGGGACUGGGACAACAACCCCGAAGUCAAGCGCACUGUUGACAGGGAGAUCGGGAUCAUGAGAAGAUGGGUACGCGACUUUUACGAGCAUGGGGGAGGGGCAAGUGCACAUCCAAAUCAACAAACGGGUGGGCAGACGCAGAGCAAUGGACAAGCAAAGGGGCAGACGAGUGGGCAAGCAUUUGGCCAGAUGCUUGGGCAAAUCGGGGACUUACAAAGAUGA